ACUUCGCCAGGAGUGCGGUCAAACACCCGACGUCUCACCGUCCCAGAAUGCUCCUGGCCGGUCGUCCCGGCGCCGGUCAAACCUCCCACCUGGCUCCCGCUCUCCUGCACGCUCUGGAGCGCUUCACCGUCCACAGCCUGGACUCUGCCGUGCUGUUUGGAGUCAGCAGCACGUCCCCGGAGGAAGCCUGCGCCCAGGUAUUCUGCGAGGCACGGCGGACGUCUCCCAGCAUCCUCUACAUGCCGCACAUCCAGCAGUGGUGGGACACCGCGGGGUCCUCGCUGAGAGCCUCCUUCCUCAGCCUGCUGGACAGCAUCCCCUCGCUCUCCCCCAUCCUCCUCCUCGCCACCUGCAGCGCCCCCCAUCAGGAUCUGGACCCCGAGAUUCAGUCUCUGUUUCGGGAGGAGUACGGGGAGGUUUACACCAUCAGCGUUCCCAGUCGGCAGGAGAGGACCGAAUUCUUCCAGGACCUCAUUCUGAACCAGGCGGCCGAAGCUCCGCCCUCCAAGAACAAAGCGUUGACUCAGGCCGUGGAGAUCCUCCCCCUGGCUCCCCCGCCUCCCCCCCGCCAGCUGCCGGAGCAGGACCGCCUCCACCUGGAGGAGCAGGAGGAGGACGUGAUGCGGGAGCUCCGCCUCUUCCUGCGUAACGUCACAGAGCGCCUGACUCUGGACCGACGCUUCAAGACCUUCACCAAGCCGGUCGACACAGAAGAG